AUGUUAAUAUUAGUUAAAGCAACAACCAAUACAUUCUCAUUAGAUGUAGAUGCCAAUGAUACCAUUAGUGUAUUGAUUACCAAGGUGGCUGAUAGAGCAUCAUUAGAACCAUAUCAAUUCCAAUUAUUGUUUGCUGGUGAACCUAUGGAACCUACUGCAACGGUAUCAUCACAUGGCAUUAAAAGAGAGUCUACUGUACACUUGAACAUCAUCAAAUAUCUUUCAUUCGAUGUCCAAUACGAUGGUGAAAUCUAUGAAAAUAUUCAAAUUGCUAAUAAUGCAGGUGUAACCGUUCGUCAAUAUAAAUCUCAAGUAAUUGCUCAUAUUAAAGAAAUAAAACCAGAGAUUAAAUCAAAAUAUCAAUUGGAAUUGAAACAAGGUAAUAGUGUUUUACUAGAUUCUUCAUUGUUACACAAGGUUACAGACAAGAGUACAUUGAUCCAAGUGAUUUACCAAGAUACUCCUACACCACCACCCAUAGCUGCCAACCAACAAGCCCAACAACAACCAACUGAGCCAGAGAUUGAUAAUAGUGAAUUUGUUGCUCACUUUAUCGAGAAUUCAAUCUCAAAUGAUGUUGAAAUUGUAUUUGUAUUUGAUACAACUGGAUCAAUGAGUUCAGUAUUAAAAGAAGUACGUACCAAAGUAGUAGAGACUAUUACAAGAUUGAUGAAAGAGAUUCCAUCGAUUAGAAUUGGUAUUAUGGGUCUUGGAGACUAUUGUGAUGGUCUUAAUGUACUCAAUACUUGUGACUUGACAUCUGAUAUAUCAAAGUUGGUUAAUUUUGUAAACAAGACUCCAUCGACUGGAGGAGGUGAUGAACCAGAAGCUUACGAAUAUGCAUUACUAAAGGCAAAGGAACUCAGUUGGUCAAAACACACCUCUAAAGCAUUGGUUAUGAUUGGUGACUCUCCCCCACAUUCUCCUCAAUUUACAUCACUCAAGAUUGAUUGGGUUGCCGAGACUGACAACCUCGAAGCCAUGGGAGUUAAAAUUUAUGGUGUAGUUUGUAUGCAUGAAAGACAUAGAUUCUUUUAUCAAACUAUCUCUGAACGUACUGGUGGUCUAUGUCUUAGUUUUAAUAGAUUCAAUUUAAUUACUGAAAUGUUUUUAGCAGUUUGUUUUAGAGAAUCAUCUGGUAACAAAUUAAAGGAAUUUAGAAAGGAGGCAGAGGUUAAUGGUGAUGCUGAAAUGUCAAGAAUGUUUGAUCAAUUGGAAAGACCCAAUUAUGUAGUGUCAACUAAAAUGUAUGAUGAUGAGGGUGACCAAGCCAGUAGUUCAACUGCUGCUACUCCAGCAGAAGAAACAUCAGGUGCAACUACACCAGAACAAAAGGAACAAGAACCACCAAAACAAGUCAUCAAAAAGAGAUUUGGUGUGUUGACCAGCCCUCAAUACUUUAGUCAUGACUAUGGAGGUUCAUUCAUCAAUGUCAAGGGUAACCUCUUUGUAAAUAGUAGCAAUCAAAGAUAUAAAUACCUUCAACCAGUUGUUGCCAUGGCCAUUGGCAAUCUCCAUAUUGGUUUUACUACACUUUCCAAGGCUGUCAUCAAAAGUCAUAUUCAUGGCAGAGCCAAAAUAUACUUUCACGACUAUAGAAUGGAACCAGUUGCCACUGCUCCCCAACAACGUUCUAUCUAUAUCGCUUGUUAUGCCACCAAUAAUAUAGAGUCAUUUAACCAAUUGGAAAACAGUAUUAGAGAAAUCAAGAAAAUGCAUCCAGAGUGCAAUAUGGUUUUAGUUGGAAUUAAACCAAACACUAAAAAGAAAAAUUCUACUACUGAUGAUAUUACAUCUAGUACAUCUAGUACAUCUACAACAACUACUAGUACCACUACUACAAGAAGUAGAUCAAAAUCAUUUUUAUCAUUUGGAAGCAACAAGGAUAAAUCAAGUUCGGGUUCAGAAGGCACCAUUACAAAGGAAAUGAGACAAAUGUUGGUUAGAAAUUCAGGAUUACAAGGUGAUAUUGAAUACUCUAUCGAUGACUAUUCAUCUAUGGAAACCCAAUUGGCAAAGAUUUGUAAAAAACUUGGUCACAAGUUUGAAAAAUAA